AUGCAGCUAUCCUGGAAACCAGGAUAUACCCUCUCCAAUAGGCCCGUAAGAAGGUCAGCAGCCCGUAGGACCAACAGGGGUCGGUUGGGAAACGCAGAUCGACCUCAGCAAUUUGUGUUCGUUACAGAGAAUCCUAUGAGAGAUCUCAACGUUUCCAAGGAAUUUAGCCUUUCCGUAGAGACGCCAUUUGAGGUCUCGGGUGAUGCAUCGCCAACUACAGCUGCUGAUCCUAGGACAGCUGGAUUACAGCUUCAUCGAGAUAACAGCGAAGACCAAGGCCAAGGCCAAUCCCCGUGUUCAUCUACACCGACAGACGACGGGCAGCUACAAUUAGCUGACGAAGACGCCUUCUAUGAAUGGUCGAGUCAAGUCGCUACUACUAGUAUAGAUUCAAGUUCCAUGGCAGCUCCAGACCUCCCCAACACUACUAUAUCUAUGCCACCGAGCGUGCUGUACAAUAACAUCUGGCAGCGAUUUGGGCCUGUCCUUCAAAGAUACAAUAUGGAAUUCUGCACGAUUCCAUUAACGUUCGAUUUAAAGAUGAAUCCGUUUCGAUAUCACAAAACCAUCGUUCCGGAACCUAUGUUUCUGGUCCAUGCGGUGAUGGCUUUAGCGGGUCAUCAUGUUAAGAGCCCAUCAACCGAUGACCAUCACUAUACAGCGUUGAAAAUCCUCCGCGAGGGUCUUAACGCAUCUGGUAAUGUGGAAGAUGGCUCCUCCGUGCUUGAUGCGAUUAUGAUUUUAUUUUCCUUCGAUGAAACUCAAUCCACCCUUGGAUAUUGGAGUACACAUCUCAAGGGAGCCUAUGGCCUCAUCGAAGCGUGCGGGGGAAUCGAAGCAUGGACCAUGUCCGCUCGGGCAGACGCUCAAAUAGCAUUGCUGUUGUGGUGGGAUGCCAUCAUUAGUCUCUUAUCCCGGGAAGACUGCGUGUUCCCGUACGCAUACGUCGAAACCAUCCUAUCGAACCCCGAUGAUCGGAUGUGGAAUUUCUUUGACCUCUGCGGGUGCCCACACAGCGUGGUCACGCUGCUCAUGCAAGUUGUGCGUCUGAGUGCCGAGAAACGCCAAUCGUCGUCCAUGCGGUACGUGACCUUCGACACCACGAUGAUUGCCCAAAUCGAGCAAGCGCUCGAGUCCUGGCAUCACAUCUUCCCUGCCGCACUUGCCUUCGGUAGUAGCGAAGAGGACAUCCAUAAAGACCAAGAUUGUAUGCACUGCUCAGAGGCAUGGAGACACGGCCUGCUUCUCUACAUAUACCGUGUAUUCCGAUGGAAGCCGGGAAGCCCGAUUCCCACGCAUGUUGUCCGUUGGGCCCGGAUUGUUGUGGACCAUGUGGUAGCGUGUCGCGACGAGAGCAUGGUCGCCCGGCAAGCGUUGCUGCCACUCUUCUUUGCGGGCUGCGAACUACGCGAUCGAUCGGUACGGAAGAAGAUUCUGCAUUUCUGCUCGGUGUGGAAUGACCGGACGCGGUAUCAGAUGUUUGGGAGCACCAUCCCGUUGCUUGAAGAAGUAUGGGCGGAGCAGGAGGCGAAGGGGUUUGAGAACGUGUGGUGGGGUCACAUCGUGGAUCGAAAACACACCGUGUCUUGUUAUCCGUUGCAAAUGCGGCUUUGCUUUGGAUGA